AUGAUAUCUGGUAUCAUGAUAUUCAUGAUUUGGAGUUUGGACGUUUAUUUUAUAAAAAAAAUGGCACUUUAUGACAACAAAUAUUGGUUAUUAUCACAUAUUAGAAACUCUUUUAUAUCUACUGAUGACACAGGUAUGUGUGAAUUAGUUAUGUGUGGAGAAACUAAAAAUAUUCAACACCACUUGAAAACAACAGAAUCUUAUCCAGAUUCAGCAACAAGUGAAGAUGAGGAAGAGGAUUUUGAAUCUUUCGAUUUGCAAAUAGAUAUGGACUUCAACAUUAGAGAAAGGUCUAAUACAGCAGCUCAGAUAGAAAAACUAGAAUUGGCACGUAAAAAAGCUGCAAAAAUGAGACAUAUUAAAUGGGAAUCUAAUGGACAACCAAUUAAUUGGAACAAUUUUGAUGAUUUGUUUGUAAAGAAAGAUAUUUCUAGAUUGAUAAAACAAACAAAAAACAUUUCAAAGUUGUCAGAACUUAUACAGUGUCAUUUGGAUAUUCCAAAAAAUCCUUACAUGGAAUAUGCUAAGUUUGAUGGAACAGGGCAGGUAAACAUUCCUACCAAAAAAUACAAAAUCUUUUUGACCAUGUUACCACCUCAGCAAAGAAAUUAUCCAAUGGCUGUCUGCUGUGUAGCACAAGCAAAGGUACAGGAACUUAUUGGGUUAACCCUACUCAAACUUAGGUUUUGUAGCAACUCCCACUUAAACAAAGUUUGUAAAACGAAUAGGACAUAUAUUUACAGCCAUGGAACCGCUAAUUUAAAAAGUCCCUCUCAAUAUGGACUCUAUAUAACAGAAGAAGAUGGGGAAGUUGAUAGUGACUUUCCUUGUUUAGAUCCUAAGGAGCCGAUUUUAAAAUUUGGCUUUAUUUGUCUUGGAUUGGUUGAACACAAAGAUGCGGGAAAGUCUGUUUCAUUUCCUGAAGAUAAUACAAUAUUAUUCACUAUAGAAGAACUCAAUAGAACUCGGACAGUGUCAGAAAAGAGUAAAACGUAUGAAAAUAAACAGAUGGAGAAUUACAUACAAGCGGUAGAAGAUCAUAAUAAACUCAUGGAAGCUCCUUUAUACUCUUCAUUUAGAGCAUUUAUGAUGAGCAAAGUAAAACCUAAAAUUGAGGUUAAUAUUGGAGUAAGUGGAGAGAGAAUAGAGAUUGACCCUGUGCCACAAAAAGGCUCAAAGUUAUUACCUUUCAAAGCUAAAGCUAUUAGUCACUCAAUUGAUAAUAUCGCUAGCUGUGAAAUAACUGAGGACAAAGCUAACAGAACUGGUUUUAGACUUAUAUAUAGGGCUACUAUGGUUAGUGGCUCAAGCACGAUGGGAGAAGGAACAUUUUCUGAAGCCACAAACUACUCUCCUUCUCAGAGCACAUCCUAUAAGCAUUAUGACUUUGAAAGUAAUCACAACGUUGCUAUAGAUUUGGUCCAAAAAGUUAAACUUAUUUUGGAAUUAAAAUCAACGUCCACAAGAAUAGAAUACCUAGCGAACAAAGAGAAAAAAAAUCAAAGAAAGAAAUCUUUUCAUAUUGUUAAGUGA